AUGCCGCAGAAACGAGGCCGCUCGGCGUUUGAUACGCUGGUUCAGACAUCAGGGGCAUCUUUGUCUUCAUUCGCCAACACAGGCAUGCUCGAAACAAGCUCGCUCUCUUCCAGUACCGCAUCUUCGAGCUCGAAACCCACCAAAUCGCUGAGAAAGCACAUCUCCACUUUCUUUUCUGCCUUUUCUCCAUCCCGCAAACGUCAAAAGACCAGCUCACCAGCAGACUUGUACGGCCCACUUCGGCUCGCGUCAUCCACCCCUAUGACUUCAGACACAGCAUCACCGUCUUCGACCGCUGCGAGUGGCUUUCUGGAUCUCACUCCCUCCAAAGUUCUUCCAUCGACAGCAUCAGCUACCAAACAAGAUGCCUCGGUCCUUCUCGCUUUGCAAGAAGGUGCUAUUCGUGACCCACUUGGCCGCACCUGCCUCGAUUCAUCACCCUCAAUAGCAUCUGCAGUGAUCACUGAUCCUGCCACCUCAUUGGAAGAAGCGGCUGAACAGCAAAUUCAGUAUGCCUCUCCUUCGCCCAGUGCAACCAUCACAACCAAACCGACCAACCUUGCAUCCGUAUCAGAAACAACAGGGACGACCGCUCCAGACCAAGUGCCCGUUCAAGACGAGAUGCCCAUCGCAGACUCACAAUAUGAGCAACCGGCUGAGAACGAUGCUGCCAGCUCAAAUCAGCCUGUUCCUACCGAUGCAGACCUAGAUAAAAUCCAGGUCGCUGCGACUGCCGAAGCUGGCGAGCGCGUAGAAGGCCUCUUAGACUGGUCCAGAUCGCUCAACAGAGAAGAGUCACAUCCCUCCAGUGCGCAAGUUUCCCACGCUGCUCAAGACGCCGCUCUUCCGUCAGAGGUCGAGAUGGACGCAGCUGCUACCGAGCAAAAUGCUGCCGCCAUUGUCGAUCUGGUGUCUGAUUCGGAAGAUGGCGACUCCGCUGCCGAGGAUCCUGACAAAGAAAACGACAUCUCUCUGGUCAACUCUACGCCGCGCCUCAACUCAGAUGUUGCUCUCGCAUCUCUGGCCUCUCAAAACAGACUUGCAGAGCUGUCAAACCCUGUUCAAUCGAGAAAAUCUCUGGCCGGCCCAAUGGCGCACAAAUCUUGGCGCGAAUACCGUCAAGCAACUCAAGCCAAGUCUCGGACCGACUCUGAACCAGCAGACAACAGCUUUGAGCUUAUCGACACGUCUGCAACAGAGACAAUUCGCAGCAUAGGUCGCCAGAGUCACUUCGUCCAGCCCAGCCGUCGGAGCGUGCCGCAAAACUCCACGCCACUCCCACUCGAGCGGCCUCAUGGACGCGACCGGUCUUCAUCCUUCAGCAGCAACUUGUCAAACCUCUCUUUGUCGGCAAGUUCAAGCAUGGCGCUCGACUCUGCAUACCGGAAACGUGCUCCGAUCUACGAGAAGCAGCACUUGCAAGUCGUCGGACGGCACAAUCGACUUUCCGUCAAGCGCAACAUCGAACGUGCGCUUGAACGCAUCAACCAAGUUCGCCUAUCACGACGUAAACCGCUGCUGCCAUCCAAGCAGUUCUACGAGCUCGCUGCCAAGGCACGCAAAGUGCACAAGAUCGUCGCGGAAGACAAUGCCAAAAUGGCCUCUCAGACCGACUUUCUCGAUCAACUGACGCAGAAAUUUUUGCGACAGAGACAACGCGAUGCCGAGACUGCGGUUCUGCCGCUUCCACCCGCCAAGCUGCUCGAGGCCGAGAGACUCAAGAGAGAGCAGAGGGCCAAAUUGAGGAGACUCAGAGGCAUCCUUGGUAGGAAGCAACUGCCAGACACGCUCGGUCCAGAACGAGAAGAGGCAGCUACUUGCGUCUUUAGCAAACGUGGCGUUGUGUCUGAGAUCACGGGUGCAGGCGUCUCUGACACUGACGUGCAGAAGUUGCGCCCCAAGCAGUGGCUCAAUGACGAGGUCAUCAAUUUCUACGGCGCGCUCAUCCUCAACCGUGCUAACGAGGCGGAAAAGAAGCGAAUGGAAGCAAUGGCAGCGCUCAAGGAUGCACCUGCCGAGCCUCGCAUUUCCCACAAAGCAAUCGGCAAGGGCGACAAAAGCCAAUGUAAACGUCCGUAUGACGAGUCGUUGGAUGCAUUUUGGCGCGUUCAUUUCUUCUCGUCCUUCUUCUGGACAAACUUGAAGAACAAAGGCUUUGAUGGGGUCAAGCGCUGGACGCGUCGCAUCGACAUUUUCUCCAAGGAUAUCAUCCUUUUCCCCAUCAACCUCGGUAACCGACACUGGGUAUGCGGCGCUAUCAACAUGCGCAAGCACCGCUUUGAGUACUACGACUCGCUCGGUACACCCAACAGGAGCGCCUUCACGCUGAUGCGCACCUAUCUCAUCGAGGAAGCACGCGAUAAGAAGAACAAGGAAAUCGAUCUGCGGGGCUGGACGGAUUUAUUUAGCGAUGACAGUCCUCAGCAGGAGAAUGGCUACGACUGCGGUGUGUUUGCAGCCCAGACGUUGGAACAGAUCAGCCGUCGCGAUCCACAUACGCGCAUACCACUCGAUGCGCCUCGGAUUGCGUGGAUCGGUGAAAGCCUGGACGAAGGCGCUGGUAAGCUGAGUCUUGGUGCUCAAGCCGAUGAUACCGACGAGGAUGACGAGUACGAGUGGAACUUUGGUCAGCAGAACAUGCCGUAUCUACGCAGACGUAUGGCAUACGAGAUUUACUCCAAGCAGUUGCUUGAUUAG